AAACCUCCUAUAAUGUGUGUUCUUCUUCUGUAGGCUUUCCUGGGCCCAGAAAACCCCGAGGAGCCAUACCUGGACGGCAUUAACUAUAACUGUGUGGCCCCUGGAAAGAGGUUCAGGCCCAUGGACAAUCUGUCUGGAGGAGAGAAGACUGUCGCUGCCCUGGCUCUGCUCUUUGCUAUUCACAGCUACAAACCCGCGCCCUUCUUUGUCCUGGAUGAGAUUGACGCUGCUCUGGAUAACACUAACAUUGGCAAGGUGGCCAAUUAUAUUAAAGACCAGUCGGUGCACACGCAGGCCAUCGUCAUUUCUCUGAAAGAGGAGUUCUACACCAAGGCCGACUCACUCAUCGGUGUUUAUCCAGAGCAAGGAGAUUGUGUCAUCAGCAAAGUGCUGACCUUUGACCUCUCCGUGUAUCCUGACGCCAACCCCAAUCCCAAUGAAUAGGAUGAGCAUCCCCAUUUUGGCAAGUUGGACGUUUGCUGCUCACCGGCUGGUCAACAUCUCUGUAGACGGCUCAUGUAUUCAUUAGGUCCCACAUGUUAUUUCCCUUUUUAUAUGUCGAUGUAUUUUCUUUGGAUAUUUUAGAGUAGCGAGGUAGUGAGUAUUGCUUGGUUGUUUUGGGGGGUUGUUCUUUAUAGACAGCAAAAACCAGGAUGUAUGUACAUUUAUAAAAGCCUGCCCCUUUCUCAAGUUGGCCAUACAAGAGUGAUUAUAAUAAUCCAUACAAAAAUAAUUAUAAUCAAGUUAAAACAAGAGGGAAUAAACAUUUUUCAACAGAACGUAGAACCUCAUAAAAUACAUCACAUUUACCUGAAACAAGUUUUUGUUCUCAGCUUUUAUACUGUUUAUUGCCCUCUUUUCAACGGUGUGCUUUAAAGCCUGUCAUCUGUUGUGUGUACGAAAAGACGUAUCUGCAUUUUCAUCUGCUACCCUUUUUAAACAACAUAAUCUUAAUCAGGAAUCUGUUGUUGCAGUAUGGUGGAAACAUUCCCGUGUGUGAUAGCAGAAGAAAACCCUUAGCGAGCUGCAAAUAGCAAUGCUAUAAAGAAACCAUGGAGCUUUGUCAAAAUGAUCAGAACACUUUGUCUGAUAUUCUGAAUCGGAAAAAGUCAACAAUGAUGCUAUUUGGUCAAGUCUGUUUUAUUGAUUGCUUUGCUUCAAUAAAUAACAUUUUGAAAUAUUUAA